UUAAUUAACCCUAGGGGUAUAAGUGUACAUUACCUCUUUAAUGAAACCUAUUUUUGUGACUUUGAGCCUUGAGUGCUACUUUGGGAACAAAAACUUGGUUUAGUGCUAUUCUAGUCUUUUUCUCAACAAAAAAAGUGUUAAAGAACAGUAUAUAUAGAGGCAAUAAUGAUGUCGGAAUGGCUUAAUAAUGGAGUGAGGAUGGCGUAGGAGACAGUGCAUUGCAGUGUCUGCAUCUCUAAAGUGAGUGUACACAAACUCUCACGCAAAAUAGUAGACACAUUUUUAUUUUGACUCUCACAAAAGGCCUUCGAUCUCUUUGACCUGACAGUCCUUUUUUCCUUCCCCCGUUUCUAGACAAGCAUAUUGUACAUACAUCAAUAAAUGUGUUUCAAGUAUUUAAGUGCAUUCACAUGUAAUAACUUACGGAUCUAUGUCAAUCUGAGACACGGGUGUUCAUUUUUAUGGUAAUAAGGCAGUGCUGUGGGAUACCAGUGGAAUUGGAGUACUUUUCAGGAUAGUUAAAACUCGCAAUUUUUUUAAAAAAAAAAAAUUAUGGUAAAAGGUUUUGUGAUGUUAACAUUCAAUGCUAACACCUUAACACUAUCCAUUAUGUGAAAAUCUAAUCACAACUUGUCGAUCUAGUCUAUCAGGAUCACACUCGCUUAUUCUAUGAUGAAUCUGACUAUUCAUGAAUAGUCAGUCAUAUUUGUAAUAUUAUAUCCCUUCAGAUCUCAGACACAUAUAUAAGAAGAAGAGUAAGGUAUAGGGCAAGAUGGUGUUCAUUCAUUUUGGUCGGGACAGAGUUUUGUGGGUCCAAUCAUUUUCAAAUUUAAACGAAGUUGAUCAUUUCGUCAGUUGUUUGUCCUUAGUUACAUAAUUUUUCUUUUCACCUUCGUGUUGAUUAAUUAGGUUUAAUUUUUAUGUCGGUCUUAAUUAUUAUUGAUGGCUCGUUGUUGGUGACAACUGACAAUGACGCCGAUGAUUCAUUCACCUUGGUCCUAAGAUGUAAGUUAUAAUCAAACAGUACAUAAGUUAUAACAAAAGUCAAGAACAAUAAGUGACAGAAUCCAUAUCAGGCUUAUAGGCCUUAUAGGUUUGUGUUGGACCACGGAACAAAAACAAAACACUUUAGCUAGUUGACAAUUUUUUUUUUUUGAAUGUUAAAUUUAUUUAACUCAAAAAGCUUUUUUACACUUUAGCUAGUUAACAUUUUACUUACGAUGUGGAAUUUAAUUACAGCUCACACCAAUCUACUUCAUUCCCUUAUACAUAUAUUCAUCCUCCUUCGACCCAAAAUCACAAACUUUGGUCUCUUCCACUUUUACAAAUAACAGAGUUCAGAAACAUAGAUAGAGGGUGAGAUGGACAUGGAAUGGACUCAAAUAAGUAAGCAAGAGAGCAACAAUCAUGAUGAUAACUAUGGCGAUUUUUUCCCAAGUGGACGUAACUUAGAAUACCUCUGCUUCAACAACCCUCUUCAAGAAGACGUUAACAACAUUGAUCACACUUUCUCUUCUUUGAUGGAUCUCAUCUCUCAACCUCCUCCAUUGCUUCACCAACCACCACAACCAUCGUCCUCUCCUACUCCGUUUUUCUCCUCAUCUUUCGACUAUCCUUUGCCCGAGACGUUACAAGAUGUUACAGAAUCUCCUUAUUAUCCUCCAUUGGGGCUUUCAGCUUCUCAAGAAGGCAACAACAAUGACAAUUCUUCACCAUUGGUGGAGGAAAGCAAGAGCUUCAUGAGCACUGGAGAAACGAACAAGAAAAUGCGUAAUAAGAAGGUUGUAGGUCAACCCUCUAAGAACCUCAUGGCGGAGAGACGGCGGAGGAAGCGGUUAAAUGAUCGGCUCUCCAUGCUACGAUCCAUUGUCCCCAAAAUCACCAAGAUGGAUAGGACAUCGAUACUAGGAGAUGCCAUAGAGUACAUGAAGGAGCUUUUGGACAAGAUUAACAAGUUGCAAGAACUUGGAAGCAAUUCUGAUCUCAAGGACAGCCUCACUACAAACCAAUCCAUGGUCAGAAACUCCCCCAAGUUUGAAGUGGAUCGAAGAGAAGAUAAUACACACAUAGAUAUAUGUUGUUCUACACAACCGGGCUUGCUUCUAUCAACGGUUGGUACAUUAGAGAUUAAUCUAGGCUUGGAGAUUCAACAAUGUGUCAUUAGCUGCUUCAGUGACUUUUCACUACAGGCUACUUGUUCAGAGGUUGCUGGGCAGAGAGAAUGCAUUACUUCGGAAGAUAUAAAGCAAGCACUGCUCAAGAACGCAGGUUAUGGAGGAAGAUGUUCCUAGGAGAUUUAUAAUUACAAUAAUAAAAUAAAGCUUGAAAAAAUUGCUUUAUCUUGAAUAUUUUGAUUUUUCUUAGGGAAAUAUCUUGAAUCUCAGUAUUGUAAUAUCACAACUUAUUGUUCAGAACGUAACCAUUAGUUACUCCGGUCCCUUUA